CCAGAGACUUCCGGCAUGGCAGUUCAUCUCCUUGAGCACGUUGUUGCUGUUGAGAUUGUCACUUGUGAGUCUGAUUAUUGCUCAUUGGAAGAAAUCUUAGAGGCUGGUAUUAAAGCAACUUCAGAAUCACUUAAAGGUGUGAAACGAAAAAAGAUUGUAGCUGAGAACCACCUGAAAAAAAUACCAAAAUCCCCCCUGAGGAGUCCCCUUCAGGCAAAACAUAAACAAAAUACAGACGAGCCUGCUUUUGCUGUUCUUCAGAGCGCGCCGGAGUCUCACAAGAAGCAGAAUCCUAGCCCCGUGAAAAAUGGGAAGCAGUUUGCCAAACACAAUGGAGAAACACCUGGGGUAGUCGCUGAGGCCUCCAAAUCUGAAGAUUCUGUGUCCCCAAAGAAGCCCGUGUUUCUGCAGCACCCAUCUGAACUGCGCCGAUGGGGAUCGGCAGGCUCUGACCCCAGCAGGUCGGGCUUCCCGGAUGCAAAAUGUGACUCUCGAUCUUUGUCGAGUAAAACCAGGACUGACCGCAGUGAAUGUAUCUCCUCCACUCGUAGUCCCGCUUCCUCUUACACAAACACCGCAUUUGAUGUCUUACUGAAGGCAAUGGAGCCAGAGCUGAGCACCUUGUCGCAAAAGGGCUCAUCUUGUGCAGUUAAGGUAGAAAAACUGAGACCAAAUAAAACUGUACAGCCCCCUUCUCAGUUAAACAGCAGCUCACCGGACGCCCCAACUCAGACUUCCCAAGAAUCUGUUUCUGAAUCGCAGCCUUCUCCUUGUCCCUCGUACACAGUGCACGUGUCUGCAACUCAGAAGAGUGAGCCAGCCACAGUUCAGUCAGUGUCUCACCCGUGUAACCAACACGAACACUUCGUUUCUCAGCCUCACCAACAAAAUCAGCCGCUUCCAGCACGUUCAGGUUUCCCAAGGUCCCUGGUGAAUCUGCAAAAUCAAGAGAAUGCCAAACUUGAACAGGUUUAUCAUAUGGCAGCGACGUCAUCUGUGGGUCUGACUCCGCCUUCCAGUAGAACUCAGGUUACUCCGCAAAACCAGCAAAUGGAUUCUGCUUCACCGAUGUCUGUGAGUCCAGCCCAUUCGACACCAUCAGCCCCCACGCCAAUUUAUAAUUCAGCUCCUGUCGCCUCUGUCGUUAACCACAGCGUGGAGCAAAUGUGCAAUCUUCUUCUGAAAGAUCAGAAGCCAAAAAAACAAGGAAAAUACAUUUGUGAGUAUUGCAAUAGAGCUUGUGCAAAGCCUAGCGUGCUUUUGAAGCACAUCCGCUCCCAUACUGGAGAGCGACCCUAUCCCUGUGUGACCUGUGGAUUUUCAUUUAAGACUAAAAGCAAUCUGUACAAGCACAAAAAAUCCCAUGCACAUACUAUCAAACUGGGUCUUGUCUUGCAACCAGAUGCUGGUGGUUUGUUCUUGUCACAGGAGUCCCCCAAAGCACUUAGCAUCCAAUCGGACGUAGAAGACAGUGGGGAGAGCGAUGAGGAGGGGGCUGCUGAGGAAAGACAGAACGACCCGGUCUCCAUGGACCCGCAGCCUGUGCAGAUAGUGAAAGUGAUGUCCCAUUCUGAAGCGUUCCCAAAAUCAGGUUCCAUUCCAAGCAAUCCAGACCAUGUGGUAGGUGACUUUCCGCUACAGGACAAAUCUUCAGAAUCACAGGCUGUGUCAGAGUUACCAAAAGUCGUGGUCCACCCUGUCGGUGUGUCCCCUUUAAGAGUCGACAGCCCAAAGCUCCCGGAUUCCAAACCUGAACUGUCGAGUGCACAGACACCGAAGGACCUUCAGGGAACCAAUGUCCUGUCCCACUCAGCCCGGACAUCCCCCCUCGAGACUGAUGAGAAGUCUCGUCAGAAAGGGGACGGGAGUCAGCCAGAAGGGAAACAGGAACCUCACGUGGGGACAGGACAUGCCCAGCUGCAAAGGCAGCAGGCUACCGAUUGCUCCCAAGAGCAGCAAGGGAAACUUCUGAGUCCUCGGAGUUUAGGAAGUACGGAUUCUGGGUACUUUUCGCGUUCGGAAAGUGCCGACCAGACUGUGAGUCCGCCGACUCCCUUUGCCAAAACGUUGCCCACCACGGACCAAGACUUAAGUAAGAAUAAUGGGCCCUCUGCAGCUCGGAUCAGUACACCAGCACCUUCUGCUCUGUCAACAAGUGAAAAAGCAUUGCUCCUACCGGGUCAGAUGCGCCCACCCUUGGCGACGAAAACACUUGAGGAGCGGAUAUCAAAGCUAAUCUCAGACAACGAAGCCUUGGUUGACGAUAAACAGCUGGAUAGCGUAAAGCCACGGAGAACCUCUCUCUCGAGGCGAGGAAGUAUCGACUCUCCCAAGUCAUACAUAUUUAAAGAUUCUUUCCAGUUCGAUUUGAAACCAAUGGGACGGAGAACAAGCUCCAGCUCGGAUAUACCAAAGUCCCCUUUCACCCCUACCGAGAAAUCGAAGCAAGUCUUCCUUCUGUCUGUACCUUCCCUUGACUGCUUGCCCAUUACGAGAAGUAACUCCAUGCCUACCACAGGUUAUUCAGCAGUACCUGCGAGCGUCAUCCCGCCCCCUCACCCCCUGAGAGGAAGUCAGUCAUUUGAUGACAAAAUUGGCGCUUUCUACGAUGACGUCUUUGUGUCAGGCCCUAACACUGCCAUGCCCCAGAGUGCACAUCCGCGGACCCUUGUCAGACAGUCAGCAGUAGAAGACUCUUCAGCAAAUGAAAACCACCUUCUCGGUGCUGGACAGUCCCUGGACGAGAGCUAUCCAGGAUGCGGUGCGGCCAGUGACACUGGGCCGGCCAGGGGCAAGUCCUUGGCCCCAGGCUCACAUUUGGAGAAAAAGAAGUCCCAUCAAGGGCGAGGGACAAUGUUUGAGUGUGAAACCUGCAGAAACAGGUAUAGAAAACUGGAGAAUUUUGAAAACCAUAAGAAAUUUUACUGUUCAGAGUUACAUGGACCAAAAACAAAGGUGGCCGUGAGGGAACCUGAACACAGCCCCGUGCCUGCUGGUAGUACACAGCCUCAGAUUCUGCACUACCGAGUUGCGGGCCCUGCAGGGGUGUGGGAGCAGACACCUCAGAUCAGAAAACGGAGGAAGAUGAAGAGUGUUGGAGAUGACGAUGAACUUCAGCAAAAUGAAAGGGGGGCGUCCCCGAAAAGCUCCGAAGGCCUCCAGUUCCAGAAUUCUCUGGGCCCUGCUUCCACUUUGUCUAAGCAUAACGUUGCAAUAACAAGUGACCAGCACAGAAAGAUACAGCUGCAGGCUUCCCAAAUCCAGCUGGCGGCCAGAGGUCCCGACCAGACCAUGGAUCCCAAGCUGUCUACCAUCAUGGAGCAACACAUAAGUUCAGCUGCCCAGGACAAGACGGAGCCGAAGAGGCACGGAACUGGAAUCUCCGUCAUUCAGCAUACAAACUCGCUGAGCAGACCCAAUUCAUUCGACAAGCUUGAGUCUUUUGAAAGAGGUUCCCCAGUCUCCUUCCAGGAGCUGAACAGGACAGUGAAGCCCGGGUCUCUGAAAGUGAUGGGAAUUUCCCCAGAAGAAGGGCGCCCUCCCCAGAACACGUCUCACCCUCACCAGCCUGCGCUGUCAUCAGAUGCUCUGAGGGCAGAACUUCAGGACGGUCCCAGGAAGAGUCCAAGUGAACGACAUGUGUUGGGACAGCCCUCCCGACUCGUUCGGCAGCACAACAUCCAAGUCCCAGAAAUUCUGGUCACCGAAGAGCCAGAUCGGGACCUCGAAGCCCAAGGCUAUGAUCAGGAAAAGUCAGAGAAGUUCAGUUGGCCUCAGCGUAGUGAAACCUUGUCAAAGUUGCCAACCGAGAAGCUGCCACCCAAAAAGAAGAGGCUCCGUCUUGCCGAGAUGGAGCACUCGUCCACAGAAUCGAGUUUCGACUCCACUCUGUCCAGGAGCCUAAGUAGGGAGAGUAGUUUAUCUCACACUUCGAGUUUCUCAGCUUCAUUGGACGUUGAGGAGGUUUCUAAAACGGAGGCUUCCCCCAAAAUGGAUUUUCUAAACAGAGCAGAGUUUCUCAUGAUUCCAGCUGGCUCGAAUACACUGAACGUUCCUGGAACUCACCGAGAAAUGAGGCGCACCGCUUCAGAACACAUUAGCUGCGUGCAAACGUCGAUGGAGGUCUCCGAUUUCAGAAGUAAAUCGUUUGACUGUGGAAGCAUAACUCCACCCCAGACAACACCACCUGUUGAAUCGCAGCCCCUGACGUCCCCUUCGGGCAUGGGGGUCACCGGGCACGUGCCUCUCUUAGAAAGAAGGAGGGGCCCGCUGAUGCGGCAGAUAUCUUUAAACCUAGCCCCAGAUAGUCGUGUGUCUCCCGGGAACCCACCAUCUUUCCAAACAAUCGCUCUUGCGAGCGUGAACACAGCACCGUUUCCGGGCCCUCAGCUCACGAAUGCGUCUUUAGCCGAGUUUCCUGCAAACGCUCUGCGCUCCCAGACUCAAGUUAAGGAUCAGCGAACAGAAACCUCCAGUUCCAGCUCUACUAACAUCUUCCCCGUUCAACAGCUUUUCGGUAUCAAUGUGUUAAGUCCAGUCCACACCCCCCACAGCCACCCAAACACACAGACGUCUCUGCAAGUGUCUAUGCAGAGUGUUCAGCCGGAUGCAAAUUCCAGUUUAUGUGUAGCUUCUAAAAGUAAAGGUUGCUUUGCUCCCAAGUACCAACUUCGUUGUCAGGUUUUCACUUCAAGCCAGUCUUGCGCUUCCAAUCCUGUGCUUUCUUUGCCAAAGCAAGUUCUCUCGGAUCCAGUUGGGGCUGCUGACCAUCGCGGGACUUCGUUAGCAUUACCAACCAAAUUGAUAGAUGCCAUGUCCGGUUCAUGUGUUCCACCACCACUGAAGCUAGGUGGGCAGGCGCAGAACGUGCCGACGUCGUUUGCAUUGCCCGUCCAUCUGCAGAGUAACGUUCCAGCGUACUGUUUUGCCACAGUCACUCCUCUGCCACAAAUCCUGGUGACCCAAGACCUGUCCAACCAGCCAAUUUGCCAGGCUAAUUGUAGCAUGGUGCCAAUCAGCGAGGAACAAAAUUCCGUGCCAAAAUUGCAGACAGAACACCAGAAUGCUUUGUCAAACCCAGAGGCAGAACCUGUCUGUGAAAAUGUUUUUUCAGAGAUGGGUCAGACUCUCCCUCCAUCAGAACCUUUGCCCGUAACCCAGAAAACGUCUGUUGGUAGGCUUUCCCCCCAGCAAGAAUCUUCAGCUUCAAGUAAAAGGAUGCUUUCCCCAGCAAACAGUUUAGACAUUGCCAUGGAAAAACACCAAAAGCGUGCUAAAGAUGAAAAUGGGGCUAUUUGUACAACAGAGAUCAGACCCUUUGAACCAGGGAGUUCAAGACCUAGUGAAGUUAAUAAACAGAAGAAACCUAUUUUAGUGAGGCAGGUUUGUACUACGGAGCCUCUUGAUGGUGUGCUGUCGGAACAGGAUGUUUUUUCUCAACCUGAAAUUAGUAGCGAGGCUGUUAGUUUGACAGAUGUCCUACCAGCUGAUGAUUUGUCAUCCGAACACUCUAAGUCUGUAGUUACAGAACCUAUAGUCGAACUACAGGAGUUUGAAAACAUCAAGUCCUCCACGUCGCUCACUCUUACAGUGAGAAAUUCACCUGUCCCUGCAGAAGACAUUCACCUUUCUCCUUUGGAACGUGUAGACGGUAACCAAGAAAGGAAGUCUCCAGGGGUUAGAACUCAACGUGACAAAGAGAGCAUCCAAGACCAAAGUCAAGCCACACUUUUAGUGUCUGAUGCGGGAGGUGCACAGCAGCUGCCUUUCCCCAGCCUGAAGACCUCAACCAACUUUACAUGGUGUUACCUAUUAAAGCAGAAGGCAUUGCAUUUGCCUCAGAAUGACCAGAAAACUUCAGCCUAUACUGAUUGGACAGUUAGUGCCAGUAAUCCAAACCCACUUGGUUUGCCUACAAAAGUUGCCCUUUCUCUCCUUAAUUCAAAACAGAAGACUGGAAAAUCACUAUAUUGUCAAGCAAUAACUACCCAUUCCAAAUCAGAUUUAUUGGUCUAUUCAAGCAAGUGGAAAAGCAACUUAAGCAAGAGAGCAUUAGGUAAUCAAAAGUCCACAGUAGUUGAAUUCAGCAAUAAAGAUGCCUCUGAAAUUAACAGUGAGCAAGAUAAAGAAAAUUCCUUAAUCAAAAGUGAACCAAGAAGAAUUAAAAUAUUUGAUGGAGGAUAUAAAUCAAAUGAAGAGUAUGUAUAUGUCCGAGGCAGGGGAAGAGGAAAGUACAUUUGUGAAGAAUGUGGAAUACGUUGUAAGAAACCUAGUAUGUUAAAGAAACACAUACGGACCCAUACAGAUGUCCGCCCCUACCACUGCACUUACUGUAACUUCUCCUUUAAGACGAAAGGAAAUCUGACAAAACACAUGAAGUCCAAGACACAUAGCAAGAAAUGUGUGGAUUUAGGCGUCUCAGUAGGUUUAAUAGAUGAACAAGAUACAGAAGAAUCAGAUGAGAAGCAAAGAUUCGGUUUCGAGCGGUCUGGGUAUGACCUUGAAGAGUCGGAUGGCCCGGAUGAGGACGAUAAUGAAAAUGAAGAUGACGAUGAAGACAGUCAGGCUGAAUCUGUCUUGUCAGCGGCUCCCUCCGUUACGGCCAGCCCGCAGCAUCUUCCAUCUAGAGGUGGCCUCCAGGAUCCUGGGAGCGCAGAGGAGGACGUCAGGAUCGCCGACUGCUUUUCUGGGGCGCACACGGACCCGAUGGACGUUCUACCCAGAGCCUUGCCCACCAAGAUGACCGUACUUAGCACGGUGCAGUCAGACCACAGCCGGAAGAUGGAGUCUCCGGUGAAGACCGGGCCACACGCCGCAAAAGACGGAGAAGAAACGGCUACUCCCGUCGACUCUUCUAGGUCACCUGAGGCUGCGCCCAGGUCCCCGUGUCACCAGAUGUCUGUAGACUACCCUGAAUCAGAAGAAAUUCUGGGAAGUUCUGUGGCCGGAAAGAACACUACUUUAACCCAGGAAGAGGAGAUUUUACGCUGGCAGUUUCGCUGGAAAGGGGUUUUGUCUGUUGUCUUUCAGGGCACCGCUUGCGUGCGCCGACCCCCUCCUGCGGCUGAGCGCGGCCCGCACACAGCAGUGGGGGCUCCCUCAGGGGCCUCGCCUCAGCCUGACGCCCAAGAGCAGAAGCAGCAAGUGACCCUCCAGCCGCCUCCGGGCCUGCCCUCUCCCCAGACUCAUCUGUUCAGCCACCUCCCUCUGCAUUCUCAACAGCAGUCCAGGACACCUUACAACAUGGUUCCAGUCGGGGGAAUCCACGUGGUCCCCGCCGGCCUCACGUACUCCACCUUCGUGCCCAUCCAGGCGGGGCCAAUGCAGCUCACGAUCCCCGCCGUCAAUGUGAUUCACAGAACUGUGGGCCCGCCCGGGGAUUCGGUCGCAGAAGUUUCCGGCGCUCCCAGCCCCGCGGGAGUGGCCGAAUUGAGCGGCGUGGUGCCGUGUAUACCCAUUGGCCAAAUCCGCAUGCCGGGCCUUCAGAACCUCAGCACGCAGGCCUUGCAGCCGCUGCCGUCGCUGGGCGUGGAGACCGUCAACAUCCUGGGCCUGGCCAACACCAACGUGGCCCCGCAGGUGCACCCGCCGGGGCUGGCGCUCAGUGCCGUGGGCCUGCAGGUUCUCACCGCAAACCCCUCCCCGCAGAGCAGCCCCACCCCUCAGGCGCACAUUCCAGGCCUCCAGAUCCUGAACAUUGCCUUGCCCACUUUAAUCUCCUCUGUGGGUCAAGUGCCCGCCGACCCGCCGGGGGUUCCCGAGAUGCCCCCUUCCCAACCCAGGGCGCGGGAGGCGCCCCCCAGGCCGACUUCGGGAGCCGGCGCAGAUCAGGGCGGCGGGGCCUCGUCUCCUCAGGGGUCCCCCCAAGUCCGGCGGGAAAAUGCAACACACGUUCUAGAUGCGUCUGCCCCCGCGAGAGACCCCGGCCGGCCCGACGGCUCAAGGAAAGCCGACGCGGGCAAGGCCGCCGCUGUGAAUCAUGUGAAGCCCACGCAGGAGCCCGCCCCCCUGCAGGGCAAACCAGCCGCCUCGGCCGAGCCUCUGCUGCAGGUGCGUCCCGAAGCUUCCCUGGAGCCUUGCGGCCUGCGGACUCGCUCCCCCGAGGGGCAGGUGCCCGGGCCCAAAGCGCCGCCCCGAAGGCAGGCCACCGCGCAGUUCAGCGACGUGAGUAGUGACGACGACGAGGACAGGCUCGUGAUCGCCACCUAGUGGGCCUCGACUUGGGGGGGGGGUUGGUUUGGUCUGGGCUUUUGGUGGGGUUGGUUUUGGGGUUUUUUGUGGUUUUUUUUUUGUUUGUUUGUUUGUUUUUUAUAUAACACUUAAAGGUUUCUUUGAAAACCCUCCUUUCCUUAAAGCACAUUUUUCUGACAUAAACUCAUGACUAAUCUUUGUGCAAUCAUGAACUUUUGACCAAUAAUUGUUGUUUUGUGUCCGCUCCAGCCAUUUUUGUACAUGUUGUAUAGACACUUGUGCCUUUUAGGAGUUUAUGUUUAGAAGCUGUACAGAUUGUUGAAUAUCUAUAUACAUAAAAUAUAUAUUAUAUAUGUAUAUGAAAACCAGGUAGUUAUUUGUGUUUAGAAAGAAAAAAAAAAAAACCUGUCAAAUCAAAUAAUUAAAUUAUAUGUUGCACUGUUAAAUUAAAUUUUUAUGGCUGUGGGGCAGAGUUUCUGUGUAUAAAUUAGUAUGUAAACUCCAUAUUUAUUGUAUUCAUAUUAGUCUUUGAAAAUGGGUCUGUCCUUCCUGUGUAAGACAGUAACUUUACACUUCAGACAGAUUUUCUGUGUCAUGAAAUGUUUCAGUAAAAUAUUGUUUACUGACUUUA